GUGUGAGGUGUUACAGGAAAUCACCAGACUCUGUAUGUCUUCGGAGAAAGACCCCAACAACCAAGAUUUGAUGACUUGAUCUGUUUGAAACCAUGUAUGAUAGUCUGGGUUUGUUGUCGGAGUUACCGUACCAUUUAUACCGGGAACGUUGAUUGUUGGUGGUGGUUGUGGUGUAGAUCCAUUCACAAACCCUAGUAGCCUCUGGCCGUUGAGAAAGGCUUCAAAUUGAUUCUUCCAGAGUAAGUAAUUUCUCUCAGUGAGCUUAACUGUAACAGAGUUCACUAUAUCUAGUGUAGGGGGUGUGUAGAGCUCAACAGCCUCCAUGGCUCUGAUACCAUAAAAGCUUGAGCUCAAGAGAUGAAAAUGUCUUUUCUUAUUACUCUUUUUCUCUGAUCGUUUUACAAUACGAUUGCUUACAUUAUAUAGUAAAAGCUAAAACCCUAGUUCCUUGUACAGUUGUCUUCAUCCUGUAUCCUCCAAAGAAUCAAGGGCUGCAAACGCAUUGUGUAAUGCAGGACCACACUUCUUCUUCUCCGUACCGCAGGUCGCUAUCAUCUUUCCUCCAAACGAUAGAGCCGUUGGUGAAGGCUUUUGAAUGUUAGCGGAAUGGGCUUGAAUCGGCUUGGGCUUGUCUGAUUUGCUUCCCAAAACUGUGUCGUUUCGGCUUGCCGUAGGUGAGGCUUGCUUCUGACAGAUAGAAUCUAGGUCUUUUUGAAUACAAUUAAUUAUAUUACGACUCAUCUAAAAUAUAUAACACUAAUUAUGAAAAACAAAUAUCAAUAUAUAAAAAUGUAAGAAUUAAUAUCCGCACUUAUCAAUAUCUAGUGUUAAUUAUGAAUUAAAUCUUAGUAUAAUCUUAUUUAUUUUGCUUCUUCACAUGCAUUUAAUCAACGAAUACGAAUCAUGCUCAUACUUCAUCAUGCAUCCAUACUUUAAAAUAAUUCUUAUUUUAUUGAUUUUAUACUCUUCUUUGUUUAUUUAUAUUUACUCACUGUUGCUCUGUUUAGGUUUGUUAGUCCGGUUUAUUAAAUUGUCAAUCUUCUCUAGUGGCGCUGAUAUCAUAUGCCUUAAGGAGACAAGAUCUGCUGGCUUUGCAUUACAAUCUUUUAUAAAAUGAUAUUUGGUCAUUCAUGAAGGGUUAGUUGUAUAUAAGAUGUGAUUGAUAUUCAAGAAAAAUGCAAAAUAGUAUUUAAUAUAAAUCAAAAAGAUGAAUGUGCACGAGGGAUUCUGCACCUUAUUGGCUUUGUUUAAAGCAAAUCCAGUAAGGCUUGUCUACUUUGAGUUGAUGAUAACAGCACCAUUCAUGCAUAUAUUCACUCUCAAAACCUCAUGUGCAACCAGUAGCUAUUAAGUAUAUUACAGAUCAUGACACAACUAAAGUACCUGAAAGAGAUCAAAUUCUGCAGUGUAGGAGGCAGACAAGAUCUGCAGCAACCUUCAAAAGAUUAAGAUUAUAAGCUGGUGCAACAAGUGGUGCUGAUAUCAUAUGCCUCAAGGAAACAAGCCCAGCUGGCUUUGCAUUACAAUCUUUUUUAAAAUCAUUUCAUGUGAUCAAAUCUGAAUCAUAUAUUUCUCUUAUGCACAUUGGAUGAUGCGUUAGGGUGAAUGGUUGGAGGGAGACAGUUCACAAACAUCGUUUCCUAUGAUUCAAAAUUUGAACUACCUAAAGAUUCCUUAUGUCUCUCUUCCUUAACGUUGUAUAUAUUGAUUGACCAGAAAGCCAAUGAAAACAGAACAACCAUUUCUUCAUCUCAAGCCAGAGAAAGAAAGAUCAAACAAAAAUGUCUAUUUCUUUCCAUGCUCGUUCUAACAGUGUUCCCUCUAUGCAACAUCCACAAGCUGCUAAUGUUGAUGAGCAGUUGACCAGAUUGAGAUCUUCUGAGGCAGCCUCUUCAUCUUCCAGCUCUUCUAUUUACCAAAGACUAAGCAACCUUCAAGACUUACAUGAUUCUCUUGACAAGAUGCUUCGCCUAUCUAUCACCAACAAGGCUUUAUCUCAGGUUCAGGUUGAGAAGCUUCUUGAUGGAUCCCUCAGGAUCUUGGAUUUGUGCAAUGUGGCCAAGGACGCUUUGUCACAGAUGAAAGAAGGUCUCAAGGAGAUCCAGUCUACAUUACAAAGAAAGUGUGGAGAUUUAUCAGCAGAGGUCAAGAAAUACUUAGCCGCAAGAAAUAUCUUGAAGAAGUCACUCCAGAAAGUACAAAGAGAGCACCAAUAAAUCUUUGGUUGUGUUUGGAGAAGCAGAAGCUGUAACAGUCGCUCUGUUUGAAUCUAUGUUUAGCUUCAUGUCUGGAUCAAAGGCUUGUAGAAAAUGGUCUUCGGUCUCAAAGCUGAUGAGCCAGAACAAAACUACAUGUGAAGCUGAAGCAAAUGAAUUUACAAGAGUGGAUUAUGUGUAUCAAUCCGAGAAGUCACUGAAGAUGGAAUGUGCAGAUGCUAGAGUCGUGCAUUCAAGAUGAAAGAGAGUCUCAAGGAAAUCCAAUCUAUUCUAAGAAGAAAGCGUGGAGAUUUAUCAGCAGAGGUCAAGAAAUACUUAGCCACAAGAAAGUUCUUGAAGAAAUCAUUCCAAAAAGUAGUCAAGAAUUUGAAAGUGAGCCAAAACAAAGAGAGCACCGAUAAAUCUUUGAUUGUGUUUGGAGAAGCAGAAGCCGUAACAGUUGGUGUCUUUGAACGUAUGUUUUGCUUCAUGUCCGGAUCUAAGGCUUGUGGAAAAUGGUCAUUGGUCACAGAACUUAUGAGCCAGACCAAAUCUACAUGUGAAGAUGAAGCAAAUGAAUUCACAAGAUUGGACUUUGUGUUUGAAUCCGGGAAGUUACUUAAUAUGGAAGAUGUGCAGUUGCUAGAGUCGUGCAUUCAAGAUCUUGAAGAUGGAACUGAGUCACUCUCAAAGUCAAUGAUUAAAUACAGAGUCUCACUUCUUAAUAUCUUAUAGAUCAUAU